GCCAAACCGUUCCAAGGAUUUGCUGCAGUGGGAGGUUGUAGAAGCAGGCAGGGUUUAACAGGUCCCAAAUGAGGAUUAGCCAAAUUAAAAUACAUUGGGUUAAUCAACAAAACAAUCCAAAAAGGCCCAGGCAAGGAUUUGCCUUCCAACAUCCCUGAUGCAGGAGCUCUUGUCAGCUGGAGCGUGAGGAGAGCAGCCACAGACAGUGGCCGGGGUCAGGCUGUUCCCUUAAACAGCAUUUCUUAUUGCUGUUGUCCAGACAGAAUGUGGCCUGGUGUGUCGAGGAGCUGUGGGCUCAAACCAGUAAGGCAUUUCUUAUGCUCUGAUCUUCCUGGCUCCGCUCAUUUGCUGCAGAGGCAUGUGUGUAAAAUAGAGUAGUUUUGUACCAGCUGCGAGGGCUGAUGGUUCACUAUCGACCCACGGCUCCCUGAGCAAGCACUGAGGGAAGGGUGCUCGUUAAAACUUGGUCUAGUUCUCAAAAUACAGCAGGGUCCUGUCAUCACAGAGGUGCUGAUGCGCUUUGAAAUGAGCGUGGGGAAGUAUGUGCUGCAGGUAAGCAACCAGGCAAACUGGAUUUGUAGACUAAGGGGCUCAAGCUUGCUGCAGGGCACCACAAGGCUGCUUUUGUGCCCUAGUUCUGAGGUAUUUCUGGCUGUUAAGAUUGCUUUCUCUUUCUCUAGUCAAGUGUGGGCUGAGAGAGAGGAAGGGUUUUGAAAGUGUGUGUAUGCUGCUGCAUGGCUUUAAAUAAGGCACUUUGUCAUCUCAGCCUUCUCUCUACUGUGUAUUAUGAAAGACCAGUAGGUUUAUUUUAACCAGAAAUGUGCAAACUUUAGCAGAAGCCCUAUGAACUCUGUGCAAAAUACAGGGCAAACAGGGAAUUACGGUGGGAUUCAAACCUAACUGGUGCUUGCUUGCUUACUUUCAGUCUGAAUCAGUGAUGUGUUACACUUAGUGCUCCCUUUACUUCUGCAGGAGCAGUGUGUGAUGUUUUAGUCCCUUUUCAUCAUAGUUGCAUCUGUUAGACCAGGAUAUGUGUGAGUAGCUGUUGAGCCUUAGGAGUUGUACAUGUAGUGGAAGUGAGCAGGAGGCUUCGUUGACCCAAGGCAUCCCUUCAUAACCACAUUAUUGCCUACUGGAGACUCCUGCAGAACAAAAGGGACCGGUUGGGAAGCCAAGAUGAUGUCCUUCAAGCAAGCAUCCCUUGAAGCAAAGGCUGCAGUGGCUGCAGGAGUGGUUUUCCUCUCCAUGAUGCUGUCGCGGAGUUACCUGUCAGAAAAGCUCGACCUCAGGAUGCGGCGCUGGCUCCUGAGGCUGCAGAUGGCACUGUUUGCUAAUGCACUUAUGUUGAUAGGAUCUCUUCACGUGUGGAGAAGUGUAGUUACCACGUUCUCCAGGGCUUCGUUUGCCAGCUCGUUCUGUUUCAUGCCCUGGAAAAUAGCUGUGUUCAUGUUUCUGGCUCUGGCACACUCAAGCUUCUUCACGAUGCUGUUUCUUGUUGCAGAAGAGCCCUAUUUCUUUUCUUUAGCUGCCUACACUUGCCUGGGGGCCUAUAUCAUUCUGAUGUUCUUCCUUUUCACUCUAGGCUCUGUAGAGCAGGCUUACAAGCUGUUGGCUGGGAAAGGGGCUAAGGCAGGCACUGGCCACAAGAACAGACCAGCGAUGAAACCAGUCUUGGCAGUGCUGCUGACUGUUGUGCUGACUGUUGUGGGGCUUUUAAAUGCCUCCCAGCCUCCUGCUGUGAAUUCGGUGGAAGUUCCAGUUCACAAGCUGUCCUCAGCCAUGAAUAACCUGAAAGUGGUGUUGCUUUCAGAUAUCCAUCUGGGGCCUACAGUUGGGAAGACCAAGCUUGCUAUGAUUGUGAGGAUGGUUAAGGCUUUAAAACCAGAUAUCACUGUGAUUGUUGGGGACCUGACUGACUCUGAGGCAGAGAUCCUCCGACCUGCUGUUGAACCUCUUGGAGAACUUGCCUCCCCUCUGGGGACUUACUUUGUCACAGGAAACCAUGAGUACUACACCUCAGAUGUUAGCAACUGGUUUGAGCUGUUAAAAUCAUUCAACAUUCGGCCGCUGCAUAAUGAGAAUGUGAAGAUUGUUUCCCCACAGAGCACCGAGGACUGGUUCUGUCUGGCUGGUGUUGAUGAUAUUGAAGCAGAUGCCUUGCACUACUCGGGACAUGGCAUGGAUUUAAAGCAAGCCCUGGAAGGCUGUAGCAGUGAGCAUGCGAUAGUGCUGUUAGCUCAUCAGCCUGUUGCUGCCAAGUGGGCCCUUCGGGAGAGACCAGACAUCAACUUAAUUCUCUCUGGCCAUACUCAUGGAGGGCAAAUUUUCCCACUAAAUGCUGGAGCUUAUUUGCUGAAUCCGUUCUUUGUUGGCUUGUAUAAAGUUGGGCAGAACACCUUUGUGUAUGUCAGCCCGGGGACGAUGUACUUUGGAAUACCCAUGAGGCUGGGCAGCAGAGCUGAAAUAACAGAGAUAAUUCUCCGUUCUCCUUGAGGAGUUUUCCAUUUGACAGACUUGGACCAUGCUUUUUGGUCAGUAUCUUGGCUCUUUCACUCUGGAAGCCCACCCUGUUUCAGGGAAGCUGCAGAAGAUACGUUGGGGUGGACUUCAGCAGGUUCUGUUCAGUGUGAGCAGAAAACACCAAAUGUAUCUUGGGCCUACAAAACAAAUGGGGGCAUUUUAAAAUGCUGAGGAAAUUAAUUCUUUGUGUUUAUUAUUACUAUUGAGGUUCUGCAUUUAAAGAUAGCACUGAUGUGACAGAGACAAUGUGUCCUGUGCAUGUUCAGCAAUAUCUGUGUCGUGCAGCUGCUUCGUGUUCCACUGUUGGUUAUCCAUCAGGAGCUGCCUUCUCCAGCCUGAGGCAGGUGAAGUCCUCAUCUCUUGCAGCGAAAUCAUUUGUGCAUGUUUUGCAGAAGGAAUUGAAGAGUAUCCACAAAGUCUGUAAACUCAAGAAGCCUUUUG